UCAUUUUUUCUGGGCACAGACUCUUUUGAACACAAAUUUAACACAUUUUCUCCCCUUUUUUUCCACCAAAAAAACUUGCCUUUAACGUGUUGUCUUCUCCAAUCUCUAAUUCCAACUUUUCCUCGAAAGAAAUUUAACACAAUUUUUCUUAUAUAUAUAAAUUACUAUACAGUUUGUAAAUCCUUAUAAAAAGUACUUCAUCUUCCCCUUUUGACUUUCCAUUCUUCAUCUUCUUCUUUUUUUCUUUUUUUGUGUGUUGAUUUUUAGUUGUAAUUUAUAUUUACCUGAAGAAUUUUGUGGGUGUUCUUCAAUGGAGUUAUCGUGUUCUUCUCCACUUUCUGUCAACUCUACUAUCAGCUUCAACCGCUUUGGUUCUGUGUACCCUUAUAGGAGAUGUCAAAGUGUUCUCUCCCUUUUUCCAUAUUGUCCUCCUUCUUCUUCUCAUGUUGCUACCACAGCUACUGCUUCUGCUGCUUGUAGUACUAGCAGUUCUACUUCGACCCUUUUUGGGAUUUCCCUUUCUCAUCGACCCAGCAGCUCUGUUUCUCGUAAAAUCAAGCGUUCUUUGUAUAUUGUAUCUGGGGUGUUCGAGAGAUUUACCGAGAGAUCGAUUAAAGCUGUGAUGUUCUCCCAGAAGGAAGCAAAGGCUUUGGGUAAAGAUAUGGUGAACACCCAACACCUUUUACUUGGUCUUAUCGCGGAGGAUCGGAGUCCUGGUGGGUUUCUUGGUUCUCGGAUAACUAUUGAUAAGGCCCGUGAAGCUGUUCGGAGCAUAUGGCUUGGAGACUCAGAGGACGAUACAGAAAAAUUGGGUUCUCAGGACUCCGCUUCUGCUACCUCAGCUACUGAUGUGGCCUUUUCUUCAAGUACCAAGCGGGUUUUUGAGGCUGCGGUUGAGUAUUCAAGGACCAUGGGGUAUAAUUAUAUUGCUCCUGAGCAUAUUGCUAUUGGUUUGUUUACUGUUGAUGAUGGCAGCGCUGGUCGUGUGCUCAAGAGGUUAGGAGCAAAUGUAAAUCGUCUGGCAGCUGAAGCAGUUUCCAGGCUUCAAGGAGAGCUUGCUAAAGAUGGUAGAGACCCAAUUUCGUUCAAAAGAUCACGUGAGAAAUCCUUUCCUGGAAAAAUAACUAUUGACAGAUCUGCUGAGAAAGCAAACGCAGAGAAAAAUGCUCUGGAGCAAUUUUGUGUAGAUCUUACUGCCCGUGCAAGUGAGGGCCUUAUAGACCCAGUAAUUGGUAGGGAGACUGAAGUUCAGAGAAUGAUCGAGAUACUCUGCCGUCGAACCAAAAACAAUCCUAUUCUGCUUGGUCAAGCUGGAGUUGGGAAAACAGCGAUAGCUGAAGGGCUUGCAAUAAACAUUGCUGAGGGAAAUAUUCCUGCAUUCUUAAUGAAAAAACGGGUAAUGUCUUUAGACAUUGGCCUAUUGAUUUCAGGUGCAAAGGAAAGGGGUGAACUAGAGGCGCGUGUGACUACAUUAAUUAAGGAUGUAAAAGAGUCAGGCCAUAUCAUUCUAUUCAUAGAUGAGGUCCACACCCUUGUUGGUGCUGGCACAGUUGGACGGGGAAAUAAGGGCUCUGGUCUUGACAUUGCUAAUUUGCUAAAACCAACACUUGGCCGUGGUGAACUGCAGUGUAUUGCAUCGACGACCAUGGAUGAGUUCAGAUUGCAUAUUGAGAAAGACAAGGCCUUUGCCCGAAGGUUCCAGCCCAUCUUGAUUAAUGAACCAAGUCAGGCGGAUGCUGUCCAGAUACUGUUGGGGUUGCGUGAAAAAUAUGAGUCACAUCAUAAGUGUAGGUACAGUCUGGAAGCCAUAAAUGCUGCUGUGGAACUAUCAUCAAGAUAUAUACCGGAUAGGUAUCUUCCUGACAAAGCUAUUGAUCUUAUUGACGAGGCUGGUAGUAAAUCUCGUAUGCAAGCUCACAAAAGAAGAAAGGAACAGCAGAUAUCUGUACUUUCACAAUCACCAAGUGAUUAUUGGCAGGAAAUUAGAGCUGUUCAAACCAUGCAUGAAGUGAUCCUGGCAAGCAAGCUGACUGGAAAUGAUGAUGUGUCUCGUUUGGAUGAUGACAGUGAACUUCAUUUGCAGCCAGCUUCGUCUUCUACAUCUGAUGAACAUGAACCCCCAUUAGUUGGACCUGAGGAAAUAGCAGCAGUUGCUUCACUCUGGACAGGCAUUCCCCUUAAGCAGCUUACUGUUGAUGAAAGAAUGCUUCUGGUUGGUCUCGAUGAGCAGCUUAAGAAAAGGGUUGUUGGUCAGGAUGAGGCUGUUACAUCUAUUUGUCGGGCUGUUAAGAGAUCCAGAACUGGCCUCAAACACCCAAAUAGACCAAUUUCGGCAAUGCUCUUCUGUGGUCCUACUGGAGUUGGAAAAUCUGAACUGGCUAAAGCUUUGGCAGCAUCUUAUUUUGGUUCUGAAUCUGCCAUGCUAAGAUUGGAUAUGAGUGAAUACAUGGAGCGGCAUACUGUGAGCAAGUUAAUUGGAUCGCCUCCCGGUUAUGUAGGCUAUGGAGAAGGAGGGACUCUUACUGAAGCUAUCCGAAGAAAGCCCUUCACUGUAGUGCUGCUAGAUGAGAUUGAAAAGGCUCAUCCCGACAUAUUCAAUAUUCUCCUUCAGUUGUUUGAAGAUGGUCACCUAACAGACUCUCAGGGAAGAAGAGUGUCAUUUAAGAACGCCUUGAUAGUUAUGACUUCUAAUGUGGGUUCGACAGCCAUUGUAAAGGGUAGACAGAAUACUAUCGGCUUCUUGCUUGCUGACGAUGAGUCAGCCGCCUCCUAUGCUGGUAUGAAAGCAAUAGUGAUGGAGGAGCUCAAAACAUACUUCCGUCCAGAGUUACUGAAUAGGAUAGAUGAAGUGGUGGUAUUCCGUCCACUAGAGAAGCCUCAGAUGCUCGAGAUACUGAACCUGAUGUUGCAGGAGGUAAGAGCUAGGCUUGUUUCAUUAGGAAUAAGUUUGGAGGUAUCAGAAGCAGUAAUGGACCUAAUAUGCCAACAAGGAUUUGACAGAAACUAUGGUGCACGCCCUCUGAGGAGGGCUGUUACUCAAAUGGUUGAAGAUCUCCUGUGUGAAUCUGUACUUUCUGGGGAUUUCAAGCCUGGUGAUGUUGCUAUGAUCCAUUUAGAUGAAUCUGGAAAUCCUGUUGUCAUUAACCAGUCAAGCGAGAGUGUGCAAUUGUCUGAUACGAAUGGAAAUCCAGUUGUCACCAACAGGUGAAGCCAGCGUAUCCAUUUAUCUGAUACAUCUAUACUGUAAUGUAAGGUAAUAACAACACGAUAUAGCUCACUGUAUAUGAGUAAUUUUUUUGUAUAGUUUUAGAUAUAGUCCAUUCAUACAUGUAAAGACAUGCCACAGAAUUCUUUCAACAAUGUAUAAACCCUUAUGAUC